AUAGGUAACGGUGGUAAAAUGAAAGUCCAGUAUAUUUUCACUGUUACUGAGACAGUGCCCUAUUUUUUCAGAUUAGUCGAUAUACCAUAAGUAAUCUGACAGUACGAAAAUUGACAUGCAUUUUUGAUUUGGACUACGACAGCUGUCGUUAGUACUCCAUUAUGAUAGUGGUCGCUGUGAUAGGAUAGAACUACGUCGAUACGAAACCCGAGGAGAGAAACUUCUUCCAUAGCAACGUCAAGAUACAAGAGCAUCUCCUAGCGCAUGUUUCAGAGGUUGAGUUUUUUUUUUUUUUUUUUUAAGUUUUAGAUUUAAAGUUUUAGCUCUACACAAAGUCUCCAAGAAUUAGGUAACGUUAUUCGCUUUGCCAAUGAGAUGCAAUUUUCUCAAUGAAAGUUAGAUGAGCUUGGGGUGAUAAUCAUGCUUAUGAUUUUACGCCAUCGUUGUUUGCUAGCAUUAGCUCAACGUUAACUGUAAUCCUCCGCGGUUGGGUUGGGGGUUUAUUGUUUAUAUCGUGUAACACCUAUGUCAGCUAUGCACAUAAAAUGGUGCAUAAAAUCAUGUCUUGGAUUGUGCUGUCAGUGUCUGCGCUCAGCAUUAUUUCUACAGUGGCUUUUAACGACACUGUAAAUCAAACAGACUCGCCCUCAGGUGUCAAUAACACCAACGUUACCGAGGAACCUACAUCCUCAACGCCUACUCAAUCUGACUUUUUUGAAACGACAACAAUUGAGGAGGACCUCUUCACCGACACAAUAUUACCAAUCACGACUAAUGUUACAGACAGCACACCAACGGACAGAAACUUCACAGAUGCCAGCACUACAGAGAGCGUUAAAGUUACAGUUCCGACAGAAUGCUUAUGUGAUAUUACUCCAAACUUCUGCGAUAUUGGCUGCUGCUGUGACAAUUUGGAUUGCGAAAUAGAUGACUUGAGCUCAGUCUUCAAUGGUUGUGAAAAAGAAACAAGGCCACCAGGUGUGUGCAUCGAGAAAUGGUUGAUGUUCCGAGCAAACGUUGAUCCGGACCUCAUUACAGAGACUGAUUCAUUAUUCUGCGUGAGAGAAGAAGCAAAGACAACAGAGCAGCAAAGCCUCCCUGCUAUUUCAGAGCAACAGGACAAGGUGUUCCCUUCCUUCCUACAGCAAGAUGACACAACUACAGACUCUAUCAUCAAAGAUUUUUAUAAGGUUGAUGAUAUGAUACUUAUUCAGUACAAUCGUAUUUCUAUGCUGGGUACACUCAAACAGCCAUCACCUGGAGUAGCCUCAACCCUCUGUGUUGACCUCAACCCAGCCAGAUUCUUGCGCUCCACAUCACACUCUUGUUCUCGAGCCUUGAAUGCUCAGUCCUGCUCAAACGAUCCCAGACUGAAUGUGCACACUUACUUUAAAGACAUUAGCCUGCUCAGGGUGCCAAAUCCGCAAAACGUGGAUAUUUCAGACUUACUGAUCCCCGUAAUCCCUGUGGCCAUAUGGUCACAGCCCAGUGAACAAAAUGGCACCUGUUUGAAUGUUGUGUCUAAGGUCGAGUACAUUAUUGAGUUUUCACAUGCAGGGGAAAUCACAAGUGCAACACUACGUGCCAGCUUCCUGAAUUCAAGCCUGGAUGCACAAAUAUUACAGGAGUUUUCGGUCACAUUUCAGUUAGCCACUGCUGGCCCCACGCCUGCCCCUUUGCCAGCAAUGGGGCUGAUUGUUGGAAACCCAGUGACCGGUCGGUUUGGUGAAGAGGCCAAUUCUCUGACAACUCUGGCUCCAGCAGCAGCCUGCUCAGUUCCUCUAGGCGUGCGCGUGCCCAUCCGCUUCACAUACAACUCCAUCUCUGGCUGCUCCUUCAGGUCUGCCUCCCAAAACUGUAGUGAGCUGAGAUUAGACAUGUAUACAGUCUUGACUGGCAUGGCAACCCCUGACGUGGUGGCGAUGAGUUCAGGCCCCAAGCCAGAUUGGGCUGAGGUCAUCACUGAAGACUGCCUAGAGUCCCAAGCUGAGGGCUCAUGUGAGACUGGUUGUUAUGUCCCUCACUCCCUGUCCAUUCAGUUUCUCUGGGCCAAGAGAGGGCUGCUGUCUCUUCCACAGAAUUACAUCCUUGGGGGAAAGUACAAAUUUGGUUGUCAGAAAGUUAAGUGUCCCCUUGCUUACCCGUUAGCUGUCACCUCGGAGGUGACCUUCUCGGAGAUCACGGCAUACCCUGAGCCUCCCAGAGGAGUGCCUCAACCUCAGUGGAAGUUUCCAUACUCCUUUUUCUCCCGGGGACAAGAGGAGCUGGAUGGGGGUCUUUGAAGGAGGACACCGAAAUGUCACUAUCUCCCUCCAUCCAAAUGUUUACAUGUCCAGUCAGUUUCACAACCUACACUGUUUUGUUUAGUGUUAUAUGGGUUUCAUCCAAAACAAAGCUACCCAUGGUAUGAAUCAGGUUCUGAUCCUAUGUAUUAGGAUUUGUAAGAGUGUGUGACUGUAAAUAGUCAGGAUACUACUUCACACACAUCAAAAAAAGGAAGAAUUUGGUCAGUGUGUGUGUUCUGACAUGCAGCUUGUGGUUAUUUCAGGAAUUUUUAUUAUUAUAUUAUUAAUAUUAUUAUUAUUAAUAUUAAUAUUAAAUAAUGUUGAAAUAUAUGCUAAUGUGUAU